AUGAAUGUCGAGUUUGAUAGAAUAAGUGAUGGUAAACAUGAGGUCAUGCUCGACAAAAGUCUAGCUUUGUCAUUAGUGCCCACCCACACGCCACCAGGCAAAGGAGUUGUGUGUGGGGUGUUUGGUGGUUAUGGGUUAGGAUACGAAAUUGGUUGGGACACAGAAUUGGUUAAGAUACGAAUUCGAUUGGGAUACGAAUUUGGUUGGGAAGCGAAUUUGGUUGGGAUAUGA